GAGCGAGACAGACGGCUGGUGCGGCCCAAAACAAUGUGGUGGGGUCGAGCUCUGCCUGAUCAUCGCGGUCGGGUCGGGUCGCGCCAAGCAUCACAAGUUCGACUCGGGAAGUCCUUCUGGUCAGGCGUGUUGCGCGUUCCCGGCUCUGUGCGCUCUCUCUCCGUAACGCGUGUGCGUAACGUGUCUGUUGUUGCGGGCGCAUCGUGAAACGUGUCCGCUUCCUGAUAGUGCAAAAUCAGCCACGAUAACACACCGGCAGCGUGAAUGUGUGCGCGUGUGUAUGUGCAUUACCUGCUCCAAAAAGCCGUCGCGUUCCGUGUGUCCUCCCCGGUGGUGGCGGUCUUUGAUUUCACGAACGGAUACAAACGUGCGUUUGAGUGAUUGUGUUUAUCUUUUUGAGAAAAUAUAUAAAAAAAAUCGUGUUUGGGUUAAGAUUUUACAAACCGAAUCAUCAAAAAGUGACCGCCACGAAAACCAACACGAAAAUAAGUGAUCAAGCUUUCCGCACGCGCGCCGCGAUCGAUCGUACGCAGCGACGGUUUCGGUAAAAGGAUAACGAUUAACGCGCGCUGUCACGUGUUUCAACAACAACAACAACAACAAGAAAGGGUUCGCGCGUUUUAGUGCGUAUUUUGUUUGCGUUUUUUUUUUUUAAUUUAUUUUGCGUCCCUUUUACGUUGAUACGUGAACGUGGUUGUUUUGAUGUGCGUGUGAAGCGUGUUUUGGUCGCCCGAAAGCUGUGUGUUCGAAUUGAUUUGAUUUGAUAAUACAAGAAAACAAGAAAAUUCCUAUGCAAGAAAGAAGACGCGCUAGGUGCUUUUGAGCAAGAAAAAGGCACUUUUCGCUCGCGUGUUUUGACAAUAAGCAGAAACAACAAAGUGGGAAAAAUCAAUUACCCCCCCCCUCCGCUCCUGCUGCGGAAAGUCAAAGUGUGUGAUUUGUGCAACCGGUCGAUACCGCGUCUGGUGCUAAUGUGGUGCGACGAUCCGAUCCGCUAAGAAAAAGAUAUUCCCUGUGCGUCCCACAGAAAGCCCACCCAGACAACCGCAAACCCCUAAACCUCCCGCCGCCGGUUUCGCGUUGCCCCGGGGUUGCACAGAAAGGCGGACAAAAUUUUCCUCGAUAGCGUCGGCCCCGACUGUGGGGCCAAAACCGGAAGCAAUAUUCUGGCACACAACACCCUCAGCAUGUACGGCGGUGGCGUACUGUGCCCGUCGCCCUCGACGGCGACGGGUUUCUACAACCCGCGCGGCCAGGGCUCGGAGAUCGGUGCGCUCGAGCUGGGGUUCCCGCGGGGGAUGGCGCUGGUGCCGCCGCCACCGCACGGGGCCUGGCGCGAUCCGAGCUCGCUGACCGGUACCCACCUGCCCGUGUCGUCCAGUACGGCGUCGGCCGCCGGCGACGACAUCACCACACUGGGCAGCCAGGGCGGCGGGCCCGGGCCCGGCCAGACCGGAUCGGUGGUCGUGCCCGGCAUGCAGACGUCCUCCUCCUCGUCGAGCGGUGGCGGCGCGCAGGACAAGAAGGACUUUAUAUCGUCCUCGUCGGGGGGCUCCUCGAUCGGCAGUGUCGGCCAGCAUCCGGGGGCCGGCUCGGUCGGGCAGGGGAACACGAUCGAGAAGAAGGAGUUCCUGUCGCUGCAGCAAAGCACCACGCCCGGUUCGCAGAGCAUGAACUCGCAGAACGGGCAGGACCUGAAGAACCAGAACAUCGAGUGCGUCGUCUGCGGGGACAAGAGCUCCGGCAAACACUACGGACAGUUUACGUGUGAAGGCUGCAAAUCGUUCUUCAAGCGCUCGGUACGGCGGAAUCUCACCUACUCCUGCCGGGGCAAUCGGAAUUGCCCCAUCGAUCAGCACCACCGAAAUCAGUGUCAGUUCUGUCGACUACGAAAGUGCCUCAAAAUGGGAAUGCGACGUGAAGCCGUCCAGCGAGGUCGAGUUCCACCGUCCCAACCGCCGGGCAUACCGUACGGCCAGUACUCGAUACCAAACGGUGACACCGUGACCGGGUUCAACGGUCACUCGUACCUUAGUUCCUACAUUUCGCUGCUGCUGCGGGCGGAACCGUACCCCACCUCCCGGUACGGCCAGUGCAUGCAGACGAACAACAUCAUGGGCAUCGACAACAUCUGCGAGCUGGCCGCCCGGCUACUGUUCUCCGCGGUCGAGUGGGCCCGCAACAUACCCUUCUUUCCGGAUCUCCAGGUCACCGACCAGGUGGCCCUGCUGCGGCUCGUCUGGUCCGAGCUGUUCGUGCUGAACGCGUCCCAGUGCUCGAUGCCGCUGCACGUCGCCCCGCUGCUGGCGGCGGCCGGCCUGCACGCAUCGCCGAUGGCCGCCGACCGGGUGGUCGCCUUCAUGGACCACAUCCGGAUAUUCCAGGAGCAGGUGGAAAAGCUGAAGGCGCUCCACGUCGACUCGGCCGAGUACUCCUGCCUGAAGGCGAUCGUCCUCUUUACCACAGAUGCUUGUGGGCUGUCGGACGUGGCACACAUCGAGUCGCUGCAGGAAAAGUCCCAGUGCGCGCUGGAGGAGUAUUGCCGGUCCCAGUAUCCCAACCAACCGACCCGGUUUGGCAAGCUACUGUUACGUCUUCCCUCCCUCCGAACGGUCUCCUCCCAGGUUAUAGAGCAACUGUUCUUCGUCCGACUGGUAGGCAAAACGCCUAUAGAAACGCUCAUCCGUGACAUGCUGCUGUCGGGCAGUAGUUUCUCCUGGCCCUACCUUCCCUCGAUGUGACACACGGCCGUGUGGCGCCAACUGACAACGACAUGAUCUUCACUGAUGAUGGGAGGCGCGUCCACUACCGCGGUAGCGGCGGCCGCCACCCUUCAACAUCAGCAGCA